CUCCAGAUGUUGUCCCGGCUGCUGUUGUCCUGUGUGUGUCUCUUCUCUGCGGGGUUGUGCUGCCUGGUGAGUCUCACCGCUCUUUCCCAGGGUCCUCUCUGUCUCUACAGCGACUCCUCCGGACCCACCUGGGGCGUCCCGCUGAAACCCGUCCCAGACAGUGGUGUGGUGUACCUGUACAACAGGUCCGUGUGGUCCUCCGUGUGUGAGCAGCCGCCGGGGGUGGUCCAGUGGAACGUGGUCCUGUUCAGCGUGAUGGGCGGAGCCAGCGGCCUGCAGACGCUGCUCUGUGGCGCCAACGUCCUCAACGUGCUGCUGGGCCUGGUCCUGGGACAGGGCUGCUGCCAUGGCAACAAGGUCAGACCCCCUGGUCUCGUUCCCCUGCUCUGUCCCUCAUUACCCACAGCCAACCACAGCAGUCUGAUGUUUGGAGAACCAUCACCAAACUUCAUGUAA